CCAUUUCUUUCAUUUGAAGAUCCCUCUCUCUCUCUCUCUCUCUCUGUAAUUCUCUUCUCUCCCACACACACUUGUGUUCUCUCUGUCUCUAUUGUAAAUAUCAUUUUCCACCCUUUUCAAAAAUAUCUCUCCCAUUCUCUCUCUCUCUCUCUCUCUCUCUCUCUCUCCUUAAACCUCAUUGCUACUAUUCUCAUUAUUCACUUCAACUUCAAACUUCAAAACCCAUUUCUUACUUUUCUCUAUUUCACCCAAAGUUUCAAUCUUUUUCAAGAUGCAUAAUUUUCAACCUACUUUACCUUGAACUUCUUCGUGGGUUUUUUUCUUUCUCAAUUUGUCGAAAUAAAAAAUAGUUUUUUUUUUUUUGGUUUUUUCUUUGAGGUGUUGCAGAUUCAGGAACUGGGUGUGUGAGAUGAAAUUUAUUCAUAUACGGCGGUGUAUUGGACAUAUAAGUGAACAAUCUUGAGUUCAGUGGAAGUUAGUGAUUACUGCCAUUUCUCAAAAGACAUGCACUCAGCCUUCUUUCAACUGAAAUGAAGAACUUGCAGAACUCAGAAGAAUUACAGUCAUCAACUCAAGCUUCACACGAGCCCAAGAGUGAACAUCCGAACAAUCACACAACUGAUGCUCCUGUUGCAGACUCAGGCUCAGCAUCUGCUUCAAGCAAUGAUAGCAAAAAGGUUUCACGGCAGGAUAUUGAGCUUGUCCAGAAUUUAAUAGAAAGGUGCCUGCAAUUAUAUAUGAAUAAAGAUGAAGUGGUUAAAACUCUACUGAAUCGGGCAAAGAUAGAUCCCGGAUUUACAGCUCUUGUGUGGCAGAAGUUAGAAGAGGAGAAUGCUGAUUUCUUCAGAGCCUACUAUGUUAGACUAAAAUUGAAAAAGCAGAUACUUUUAUUCAAUCAUUUACUUGAGCAUCAGUAUCAUCUAAUGAAGUGUCCCAUGCCUCCAAAGGUUCCAUUGGCUCCAAUACAGAAUGGAAUCCACCCUAUGCCUGUUAACAAUCUACCUAUGGGAUAUCCAGUACUACAGCAGCAUCCUAUGCCAGCCGCAGGUCAGCCUCAUAUGGACUCCAUGGGCAUGUCAAGUUGUCAUGUGGUUAAUGGAGUCCCUGCACCGAGCAAUUUCCACCCCAUUCGGAUGAAUUCUGGGAAUGACAUGGUGAUGGACCACAGUGCUCCUGAUAUGGCUCCUAUGAUUCCACAAAACGGUACAAUGUCAUCUGUCUCAGAAAUGCCAGUGAGUCCAACAUCAGUGGCAUCGAGUGGUCAUUUCCCUUUCACUGCAUCGGAAAUAUCAGGAAUGGGCACAGAUGCAUCAGUUCUUGAUUCAGCAUUUAAUUCUGAUGUGGUAAGUUCGGUAGGACUGCAGCUUGCACCGGAUGGCGGGAACGGGAUUUCUAGAUCGCUGGAUCAAAUUCAGUGGAAUUUUAGCCUAUCAGACUUAACCGCAGAUUUACCAAACUUGGGAGAUCUUGGAGCUCUAGGAAACUAUCCGGGUUCGCCAUUUUUGCCAUCUGAUUCAGACAUGUUGCUUGAAUCUCCAGAUCAACAGGAUAUAGUGGAUGACUUUUUUGUUAAUUCUGAGCCUCCAUGCUCUCAAUCAGAUGAGGAGAAACCUUCAACUUAAGUGGAGGAAAGUUGCUUGUUGCACAUUAAUUCUUAGGUUAGGGAGAAAAUUUAGGAUUAAUAAAUGUCACCUAAGCUUACUUGGCAUACAGGCUAUACUGUAACCGAAGUGUAGGCAGCCUUAUCUUAUUAUAUAAUAUAUUUCAUUAAUACUGUGGAAAUUUGAAUGUCAAUUGUUACAUUUAGUUGUAAUCUUUUGAAUUCUUUUGAGAUAUAUCUAUUAUUAGGGAGAGGUGAGGACAGUGCUUAGGAUGUGAUUCAUUUGAUGCAUUUGGAUAUAUAUAAAUUUAUAUAUUGUUGCUUGGAUCCUUGUCACUCUGCAAAAUUUAAUGUAAUUUCUAGUUAGUAGUUUCGCAUUA